AUGGACCAAAUUCAGCCACCCCAUGCCACCCCAUUUGCUUGCUUUGACAUUUCAACAGGGUUGUCUCAUUCUUUCCGAAUUGAGGAUAUUGGCUUUACUGGUGGCAUUUGGCUCUGCUGCCCCAGGGCCUCUUCUAGGAAGCUCUGUUGGAAUUAUCUUCGCUCUACUACAGCUGCUAUCACUGAUCAUUGGAUAUUGAUUAGGGACUUUAACGCUAUCUUAUAUUCUGAUGAUCUAAAUUGUUGUGCUCCAUCCUCCGCUCCUGAAAUUACUUUUCAAGAUAUGGUAUUUGAUUGUAGCUUGAAAGAUUUAGGUUUUCAUGCUCCGAGAUACACCUGGUUCCGUGGAUAUUGUUCAGUCUGUCUUGACCGUGGCCUGGGUAACUUUGCUUGGUUCGAAACCUUCCCUCUAUCUUCAGUCGAGAACCUCAUACGCAUGAAGAGUAAUCACCGCCCACUUUUGCUUUCUCUUAAUGCUACUCCUAAAUCGAACUAUUGUGCUCCCUUCCGAUAUUUAUCUGUAUGGCCUAUGCAUCCGGAUUUCGAGCGCCUCGUCAAGAAUAGUUGGGACCAUAGCUUCCUAUAG